CGUCCUCCGUCACCACCGCCAGCAUCAGCCUGCGCUCGCCCUCUGGCUGAUUCGCCCCUUCUUUAAUUCAGACUGUCACUACCUGCCCCCAGACGACACACCUCUCUCUCCUUCUCUUCUCUGCAGAUGCACCAUGCCGCCAAGAUCCCGCAGUCGCCUCGUGGGCCAGCCCUUACUGUAUGCGAUAUCCGUCUUUGCUAGCUUGGGUGUCUUCCUGUUUGGUUAUGAUCAAGGCGUCAUGUCUGGCGUGAUCACCGGCCCUUACUUCCGGAAGUUCUUCAACGAGCCUGAUGCCAUUCAGGUCGGGACCAUGGUCGCCGUGCUGGAGAUAGGAGCGUUCAUCACGUCUGUCGCUGCGGGACAGAUUGGCGAUAACAUAGGCAGACGAGGCACGCUCUUCAGCGGAGCCGUCGUCUUUGCCAUCGGCGGCGCUAUCCAGACCUUCACUCCAGGCUUCUGGGUCAUGGUCUUGGGUCGUAUCAUCUCGGGUUUCGGAGUCGGAUUGCUCUCGACUAUUGUCCCUAUUUACCAGAGCGAGGUUUCCCCUCCAAACCACCGCGGCGCUCUCGCGUGUAUGGAGUUCACCGGCAACAUAUUCGGUUACGCGUCUUCUGUGUGGAUUGACUACUUCUGCUCUUACAUUGACUCCGACCUCUCGUGGCGUAUACCACUGUUCAUUCAAUGCGUCAUUGGUGCGAUCCUCGCGGCGGGCUCGCUUGUGAUGCCGGAAAGUCCGCGGUGGCUAAUUGAUGUAGAUCGGGACGAAGAGGGGAUGAAAGUAAUUGCCGACCUCCAUGGCGGUGAUCCCGAGGACCUCGUAGCCAAGGCCGAAUUCCAGGAAAUCAAAGAUAGAGUCAUCUUCGAGCGUGAGAGUGGUGAAGGCCGGACGUACGCGAACAUGUGGAAGCGGUACAAGAAGCGCGUACUACUUGCUAUGUCAUCUCAAGCCUUUGCUCAGCUAAAUGGCAUCAAUGUCAUCUCAUACUAUGCCCCACGAGUGUUCGAAGAGGCCGGAUGGAUUGGACGAGAUGCUAUUCUCAUGACUGGAAUCAACGCGAUCAUAUAUAUUCUGAGCACGCUUCCUCCGUGGAUCCUAGUUGACCGUUGGGGACGCCGUGUUAUCCUCCUGAGCGGUGCUGUCGUCAUGGCCAUAUCGCUUGGCUUUACCGGAUGGUGGAUGUACAUUGACGUGCCUGAGACGCCUCAAGCCGUCGUUGUAUGCGUUAUCAUCUUCAAUGCUGCCUUCGGAUACAGCUGGGGACCUAUCCCUUGGCUCUACCCUCCUGAGAUCAUGCCUUUGACGGUCCGCGCAAAGGGUGUUUCUUUAUCAACGGCCACGAACUGGGCAUUCAACUUCCUUGUAGGGGAGAUGACUCCGUACCUGCAAGAAGCGAUCGAAUGGAGAUUGUAUCCUAUGCAUGGCUUCUUCUGUGUCUGCAGCUUCGUUCUCGUGUACUUCUUGUACCCUGAGACGAAGGGUGUCCCGCUGGAGGAGAUGGACGCAGUCUUCGGUGAAGAGGAGCUCGAGGAACGCCUAGAAGACGAGGCAUCGGAACGUGGAUCUCUGCUGUCUCAACGGUCCAGCCGGUCUCGCCGAAGCCACACGCGGACUCCAAGCCACGGGCUGGUGAGCCGCCUAUUGGGCCGCAAAGGAAGGGCAAAUUAUCAGCCCAUAGAAGACAGCGACGAAUAGGAACUCGCGAGGAUGAACAGCAGUGUAGUCGAGGGCGAUCAUCCCGACGUGUUGCCUCGGCGUCCGACGCCCAUCGUCCACUCGGACGAGAGCGACGACGAUUGACCGAGGUGAUCGUGUGCAGGGCGAGACAGGAUGACCGCCAAGUGGUAAUGUAUUUGGUAGUUAGACUGUCUUCUUCACUACCACUGUCCAUCCUCACCCAUACAGUCUAGACAGCUGCUACCGUAGCUACUACCACACUAAUCCGUCCUGUACCAGACCCCUGCCCCACACCAUCUGCUAUCCCUUCCACACUGCACUGUAUUGUAUGCUUGUCAAGUAGUCGCUCUCGAUGCUAACUACCCAACUUCGAAUGUUCAUUUUCC